CCCCUCCUCUUCCUCCCCUGUGUGUUUUUGUUGGGGGGUCGGUGGGGGGGGAGUCGGUCCGAGUUCGGUUCGUGUAAAUGUGGCCUUUCCCUAUUGUAGUUAAAAUGUGAGUUUUUUUUUAAUUUUAGCAGAAAGAACGAAGGGUCGGGUUUAUGUUUUUUUUUUUUUUUUUGACGAGUGGGGGUUUCGACUAAAGGCAUAAAAAAAAAACCUUGCCCCCCCCCUCUCAAAAAAAAAAAAAAAUCUCAGCGGCCACCGACCAUCGUUUCACCUCUGCCGUCUCGUUAGCCUGCUAGCCUGCUAGCUGCUAGCUCGCUCAACUCUUGUCGGCUCCGGCAAGGACCACCGACAACAAGAAAAACGACAAGAAAAAAGCGGCCGCGGUCAUGGCGGAAACCAAAAUCAUCUACCACAUCGAUGAAGAGGAGACCCCGUAUUUGGUGAAGAUCCCCAUCGGCGCCGAAAGUAUCACUCUGCUGGAUUUUAAGCAAGUCUUGAACAAGCCCAACUACAAGUUCUUCUUCAAAUCUAUGGACCAAGACUUCGGGGUGGUGAAGGAAGAGAUUUCAGACGACGGAGCCAAGUUGCCGUGCUUUAACGGCCGUGUGGUGUCCUGGCUGGUGUCUUCUGAUGCUCCGGCGGCGGAGCCCGCCGCUCCGGCGGCGCUCCCUCCCGCGGAGACGUCCGCCCAGCCUUCGCCCCCUCCGCCGCCCCUACCGCCCCCGCCCGCGGAGAGGACCGGCGGCAUUGGGGACUCCAGACCGCCCUCCUUCCAUCCCAACGCGACGGGCAGCGUGGAGACUUUGGACGAGCAGACCGAAACGGAGUCUGUGGUUUCCUUCAGGAGAGAGAGACCUCGGCACAGGGAGAGCGCGGAGCAGCACGGGGCCCGUGUGAACGGCCAGAGUCGCCUGGAGCGCCACUUGGCGGGCUACGAGAGUUCCAGCACGAUGAUGAGCAGCGAGCUGGAAACCACCAGCUUCUGCGACUCAGAGGACGACGACACCAUGAGCAGGUUCAGCAGUGCGACGGAACAGAGCACGGCCUCCAGACUCUUGAAACGGCAUCGGCGGCGCAGGAAGCAGCGCCCUCCUCGCCUGGAGAGAGCGUCCUCCUUCAGCAGCGUGACAGAUUCCACAAUGUCCUUGAACAUCAUCACUGUGACCCUUAACAUGGAGAAGUACAACUUCUUGGGCAUCAGCAUCGUGGGCCAAAGCAACGAAAGGGGCGACGGCGGCAUCUACAUCGGCUCCAUCAUGAAGGGCGGCGCCGUGGCCGCGGACGGCCGCAUCGAGCCCGGCGACAUGCUGUUGCAGGUCAACGACAUCAACUUUGAGAAUAUGAGCAACGACGACGCCGUGCGAGUGCUGAGGGAGAUCGUGCACAAGCCCGGGCCCAUCAUCCUCACUGUGGCCAAGUGCUGGGACCCCUCCCCGCAAGGUUACUUCACUCUGCCGCGCAACGAACCAAUCCGGCCAAUCGACCCGGCGGCGUGGGUCAGCCACUCGGUCGCCAUGACCGGCGCCUACCCGGCCUUCCCGGGCAGCUCGUCCCUCAGCACCAUCACCUCCUCGUCCUCCGUCACCGAGACCGAACGAUUCGACGACUUCAACCUGUCAUUGCACUCCGACAUGGCGUCCGUCGCCAAGGCCAUGGCCUCGCCGGAGUCGGGGCUGGAAGUCCGCGACCGCAUGUGGCUCAAAAUCACCAUCCCCAACGCUUUCCUCGGCUCGGACGUGGUGGAGUGGCUCUUCCACCACAUCGAGGGAUUCCAGGACCGCCGUGAGGCCAGGAAGUACGCCAGCAAUCUGCUGAAGGCCGGCUUCAUCCGUCACACGGUCAACAAGAUCACCUUCUCGGAACAAUGCUAUUAUGUCUUCGGGGACUUAAGUGACUGUGAGAAUUAUAUGGCCAACCUGUCCUUGAACGACAACGACGGCUCCAGCGGGGCGUCCGACCAGGACACCUUGGCGCCGCUGCCCCUCCCCGGGGCGUCGCCGUGGCCCAUGAUGCACACCUUCCCCUAUCAGCCCUACGCCGCCCACCCUUACUCCAGCCAGCCGCCCCCGUACCACGAGCUCACCAGCUACACGUACACCCCCGGAAGCACGGGCAGCCAGCACAGCGAAGGGAGCCGAAGCAGCGGGUCGACGCGGAGCGAAGGCGAGCGCCGACGCGGCGGCAAAGGCUCUGGGAGCGCGGUGGGCGGCGGGGAGAAGUCUCCGUGCGGGGGUGACGGCGGAGGGGGCGACUCGCGCUCCGGCAGCGGCAGCGAAUCGGAAUACUCCACCCGGAGCAGCCUGAGGCGGGGCCACGGCUCGGCCGCGCCCAGCGAGCACAGCCACGCCUCGUCCCAACGCUCGCAUCACCACCGCAUGCCCCAACCCCCCCACAUGUCGCCCUACCCCCCGGGCAUACUGCCCUACAACCCCAUGAUGGUUAUGAUGGUACCACAACACCCGCACCCGGCCCUGGCGGGCGCUCACGCUCUUCCGCACGCCCAGCAGCUACCCGCGGCCCCCGCUCACCCGACUCUGCCGCCGCCCCUCCCUUCGGUUUCCGCCGGACCCCCGGGGGCGCCGCCCACCCGCGACUUGGGCUCUGUUCCCCCCGAGCUGACCGCGUCCCGCCAAUCAUUCCACUUGGCCAUGGGCAACCCCAGCGAGUUCUUCGUGGACGUCAUGUAGUCGUACGCGGGCGCGCGGCUCCCGCCGUUUUCGGCGCUCGGUCGUCGUGGUCCUCGCGAGGGCCGAUUGGAUCGAGGGCACUCGCGACUUGGUUAGAACAGGGUUAAGUAUAGACAAAAUAAGAUGUUCAAACAGUGAAUGUGCAAGUUAAGAUUGUAGUAUCAUCUGGUCCAGUCCUACGCCAGUUCUGGACCGUAUCAACUUUAGCGUGUUUUUUUUUCUCCCCGUCGUCUUUCAGACACCAAGGCAAUCCAAAACGUGCGCAAAUCUCUCGAGUACUAAAAAAGGGAUGAGAUCCUUUCGGGAUGGCGUUUUUGAGGGCUGUGCUCGGAUUGCCAUUAACGCUCCACGCGGGUACGCGACGUCAGAUUUUUUUUUUUUUUUAAUUUUAUUUUUUAUUUUUUUGUACGGCGUUGUCCGACGAUGAAAUGCGUACGCGUCGUCUUCUGUUUCAACACACAACACCGUGCGAAAGACGAAAAGGUCCAAAAAAAAAAAACUUUUGUGUUCUGUUGUCGCGUAUCAAAUUGUGAAGUGUACUGUGCGUUGACUUGCUUUGUGGUACAAGUUGGUUUUAAAAAAAAAAAAAAAAAAAAAAAAAAAAACAAGACCAUGCAGAAAGCGGUACCAGGAAGAAAAAACAAAACACAACUUGUAGAAAUUACUGUGAUCCACAAGCCUGGCAAUUCUGUUCUUGUCUUGUUUCCUGACUCACAUUAUUCCCAUAUUUCAAUUUUUUUUUUUUUUUUUGUACGAGUGACCAUUUAGUUUGUGUAACCCACGUCAAGGUGCGAAAUGAAAAGAUGUCGUUUGAAGCCGUGAGAUUGCAGUUCUCAUUGAUUUCAUAUUGUCACCUUUUGAAGAAUAAACUUGAUUUUUCCGCUUUA